AUAUUGUUCAUUGGUGACGCUGGUUUGGAUCCUGUCGUGGCAUCGUCACUAUUCUUCGGAUGUAAUGGUUUAAGUGCUCAAUGGUUCAUACUGUUGUACUGGGUAUGCCCAGUAAUUGGCUGGAUGUUGGGAGCAUUCCUCGUUCGACGACCAUCAAAGUCACCGAAAAAGCUCAAACGAACGGCGAAGAAGAAAUCGGAAUAG